CCUCGACCAACCACAAGAUGCUCGAGCUCCGCGGGACGACGGCGCUAGAUGACUUCACACAAGCCCCUCACGACAGCGCGACCUUGGAACGCCUUCGGUCGCAGUACGUUGUAGUAACUCCUGGCCAAGUGAUCACGAGCGAGCCGGGGUUCCUGCGCGGUCAUGGGACGUACGUCGAGGCCGGCGAGCUGCUGGCAAGCGUUGCGGGCAUCGUCGAGAAGGUGAAUCAACUGGUGAGUGUCCGUCCACUUGUGAGCAGGUAUAUUGGCGAAGUGGGCGACAUCGUCGUGGGGCGCAUUUCAGAUGUUGGGAACAAGCGGUGGAAGGUCGACAUCAACGGCCAACAAGACGCUGUGCUCAUGCUAACCUCGGUAAACUUGCCGAGCGGGGCCCAGCGCCGACGUACGACCGAAGAUCAGCUUCAAAUGCGAUCAUUCUUCGAGGAAGGCGACUUGAUCAGUGCUGAGGUCCAGGAAGUGCGGUACGACGGCACGAUGUGGCUGCACACACGCAGUUUGCGAUACGGGAAACUCGAGAACGGUCAGCUCAUCGUGGUGCAGCCGUCUCUAAUCAAGCGGCUCAAGCAGCAUCUCGUUCAGCUGCCCGACAUCGGUGUCGAUGUCAUCCUCGGAUGCAACGGGUAUCUCUGGAUCACGCGCAGCAUGGACGAGAUUGUCACGGACGGCGCUCAGAAUGAACUGACCGCCGACGCAUGGACAGAGCGCAAGGUCGCCCACACCAACACGGUCACAGGCGCAUCCGUUCGUCGCGAGAUCGCGCGGGUGUACAAUGCGCUGGCGAGCUUGAAUGCGCGCUUCCGACUAAUUUCGCCCGAGAGUAUCAUGGACACGUACCACGCGAUGGCGAAUGGCGAGCCUUUGGACGCUUAGGAUAGUGAUGCUGAACUACUAGAAUGCAAGCAUUUCAAUUUCAUCACCGA